CCAGGACCGUGUGGUGGCAGCUCCUCAGUCGCCGAGCGAUCACGAUGGCCGAGUGAGCCCUACGCGGCCCCACAUACCCCGCCGCCGUCGCUGUGUCGUCGGUAUACGUCCGUGUGUACGUUAAUUUUUUUUUUAAUUUUAAUUUCUGUAAGUUGACCAAGCGAUAACAUUUUUUUUUGGAUGUCUUAAGCACACACACAAAAAAAAAAAAGAUAAAUUGUAGUCAUUGUCUCUUUACCAACAGAGUCCGUCUUCGUCAAUGUCCAAUGGAAAUUACCCGAGUGACGAACCGCCUCCGGUAAUCCGCAGCGUUUUUAAAUAGUAAAAUUUCACUAAGCCUCCAGUGCGGUUUAUCGGUGCGCCAGUGCACUUAAGUAUGACCAACUAUGGAUGAUACGACCCGCGAGUCUUGUUCAUUGCUCGAGUAAAACUUAUAUCGCUCUACCUCCGCCGCUUUCAACACUUGAAAGUCGACCAUAAAUUACCUGUGCACUAUUGACAUCGGCACCAAAUCAAAGUUACGCCGCCCUGGAUUCCGAUUCUCAUGACCUAAGUUUUAGGUGGCCUCGGAAAAUGUUAAAGAAUUGUUUUUUCGAUCAAAUGAACGGGUAACGAGUGUACAAAACAAUGAGGGGACGGGGUCAGAGACCGAUGGAGCCCGGGUAAGCGAAUCGUUAGCGCGACCCAGCCCCCCCGUCCCCAACAAUAUGGAUAAAUCGGAUCGCAGACGUAGGCCUUUUGCCUUUGACAAGAUGGAGGGGCUGGUUAGAGAAAUGAAAGAUGAAGAGACUGGGGUGCGUGUAAAAAGUCAAAAGUUAUUCCUCACUUCAAUCCCUUCCGCUUUUGCUGGAUAUAACAUUAUUGAAUGGUUAAUGGACCGCUUAACUGUCGACGAAACUGAAGCGGUCCAUAUAGCCAACAUGUUAUGCCAAUAUGGUUAUUUCUUUCCAGUAAAUGACUCUAAAAAUCUAACUCUAAAAGAUGACAGCUCUCUGUAUAGAUUUCAAAUUCCAUACUACUGGCCGUGUUCGCAAAAAAAUCCUGACAACGUCGAAUAUGCUAUUUAUCUAUCAAAGCGAUUACUACGAAAUAAACAACGUCAUGCACUAGAAGAUUACGAAAUGGAUUCUCUGAACAGUCUAAAAAAAAACCUACAAAAUAAAUGGGAGUUUAUCACGAUGCAAUCUGAAGAACAGGUACGGUUGAGUAAAGAUAGAAAAAAGGGUGAAAAAAUUGUAACAGAUAGCCAAGAAAGGGCUUUUUGGAGAGUACAUCGACCUCCUCCUGGAUGUGUUAGUGUUUUGGAACAAAUACCAAUUAAAAUAGGCGGAAGCUUUUCGACGAAGAAAAAAAGAAGUUCAGAAGAUCUUCGAAGAGAGGUGGAACUUCUGAGAAAUUGUAUCGGAAGAACGCGAGUGAAAACAUCUGUAGCUUUAGAUGGAUUGGUAUCAUUUAGUGAAACAUAUCACGAGUAUGACCCUUUACUUACUGCAGCUCAGCCGUCAAACCCAUGGGUGACAGAUGAUCCAACAUUCUGGACUUUUAACUGUCCAAUAGUCGACGCUAUUACAGAAAAACGUAUUAAGCGUUGGGCGUUGUCAAUGGAAGACUUGGUAUCUGAUCUCACAGGUCUUCAAGAGUUCACAAAUUAUCUUCGAAAAGAAUACAGUCACGAAAAUAUUAGAUUUUGGUUAGCAGUUAAUGAUUUAAAACGCAGUUGCCAGUCGCAAAUUCAUCUAAAAGUCAAAGAAAUUUACAAUGAGUUUUUAGCUCCUGGGGCCCCUUGUGAAAUAAAUAUCGACGGCAAGACUAUGGAGAAAACACAUAAAGAAAUGAAGGGUCCAUCGAGGUUUACAUUUGAUGCUGCAGCAGAACAUGUUUAUACCCUACUGUUGAAGAAAGACUGUUACCCUAGGUUUAUUAGAUCGGAACAUUAUAAGAACUUGCUAGCUAAUGGAGUUCAACCAUCUGCCAGAAGAAGAUUCUUUGGAUUCGUCGGCGGCGCAGCAAAUAAAAAAGAUUGUAAAGAACGCAUAAAGCCUGGGUGCAGUACUAGUCUACAGGGUACUUCAUCGUCAGCACUACAAGCAAACCAGUCGUCAUCAUGUGGAAGCGGACGUCGAAGAGGAAGCGACCGGAGUCUAACCAGUUCCCCACACGAACUUCCAAUAAACGUUGUUAAAGUCUCACAAUCCCACAGCCAAUCGAACUUAAGUGAUAUUCCAUAUAGGGGAGAUUUACCUUGCACACCUUCUUCUCCGAAUUCUAACCAAGAAAACCUUAGUAGCACGGAGGAGAGUGCAGGCGACAGACCAGGUGGAAUCUGUCCGUGGGAAGGUUCAGAAAAUGGAGGUAACGACAAGAAACGAUCAUUACCCAGUUCAAUAGCCGAGGAAACGGACAGCCGAUUAUCGACAUCGUCUUCGCGAAAAAAUUCAACAAGCGGUGGAGGUGGCAAUGCGUACGAUUCAGCCAGUGCCGACGAAAGCGUAUCCGACUCCGUGUCCAACAGGUUACGAAGGAGUUGUGGAUUAGGCAGUAGUACCGUGUACAAUCGUCGAGGUUCGUCGUCAACGUGCUGUACACCACAACAGACCAUAGACAGGCCGUCCGUAUCAUCAGCUGAAGAUUUGGAUUUCGGACCGUCGCCCGAGAAUAGAUCACCAGAGAGACAGCAUAGUAUUGGACCGAUUUCUCCGAAAAACGUAUUUGCAGAACCGCAGUCGACGCUUCGUCACCAAUCGUCCGCCGAAUGUGCAAGUACAACUUCAACAGUAUUGGACUCUAAGCCGAAUCGGAAGAAACUCCUCAAAUCACUGUCACUAGCACGGAAACAAAGCGUUACGCCAGUUAUAAACGUAAGUUCAGUAGACAAGGACAAUAAAGUUUUAACAGAAGAGUCUAAGGUCACUGAACCUGCUGAGACAGCGAGUGCAUUUGUUUGUCAAUCAGAAGACGAAGGUGCAAAGGCAGCUGUUUCCACUACGACUUCUAACGAUGGAAAUGAUGUUUGUCCAUGGGAAGAUGAACAAAACCAAGACAAAGGCGGUCGAUUUUUAAAGGUCUACGAAACAUACGGAUUUUUGUGAAUCCAUAACCAUCUUGUCAAAACAAACCAACUGUAAUUGUUUAAAUUUGUAAAAAAAAUUAUUUUAAGAAUAUUUAGUAUAUAAGUUGAUGAUUACGCGACGUUCGCCAAAUGGUUUAUUUUUGGCUAACUUAAGUAUUAAUUUUGUUCAUAUUUUUUCGUAUGAAACACAACUAAAAUAAUAAAUAUAAACAUCAAAUUGAUGUAUUCAUUCAAUAGAUUUACAAAAGAAAAUAUGAAUUUGUGUUUUAUUGAUUAAAAAAAAAAACUUUCAUUGUAUAUUGGAAUAUAUUCAUAGAAAGCAAUGGCGGAGUCAGGGUAAUAUUUUAGGGUUUAAACCCCACUGAAAUGAUAUUUACAAAACUGGAGAGUUAUCGGUUGCAAUUUUCAUGUCUCUUGCCAUUCUGUCUUUUUUUUUUUUUAAAUAUAAAUUGUAAAAUAAUAGCUUCUCUACUGCUUGUGAACGUUAUGUAAAUAUGUUUUGAUAAUUUAAGGUGUCAAAAAAAAAAAAAUUUGAAAUAUAGUAUUCUUAAACGACAUUUUAUUAAGUUCGUUUAUUGUAUCUCAUAAUAGUCCAGUAAAACGAGUAUAUUAUAAAUAACUUAAGAAUAACGAUUAAAUUAAAAUGCAGUUUGUAAAAUUUUAUAAAUCAAUGUUAAAACUGUAUAAAUCAAACGAUAUAUUUUGAUAUCUCUUUGAUGUUAUUAUAUUAAUUUUUAUAGGCAAUAAUACAACGAACGAAAACAGUUAUUGUAAUUUAUUACACAAAUAUUUUACAAUAGAGGUGGUGGUUAUUUUUAUUUCUCUCUCAUUCCCAUGUAUAUUUUAACAUGCCAGGUUUUCAUUCGGAACUUAAUUGAGAAAUCUGGUACAACAAUAUACGGGCAUUUACAGCAGCAACUUAACACAUAUUCAAUAGGAUUUGUGGAAAACAAAAUAAACAGUCAACAAAAUACAAUAACUACAAUGUACUCGUCUACAUACGUGCAAAUACAGUAGAAUUAUUGAGGGAAUUAAUAACGUGAACGUGUUAUUCAAGGCUGGUAGCAAAUAUAUUUACUAAAUGAAUUUAAAAUUAAUAAUCCAGUGAUUUAUGUAUAGUCAGUAAUGUAUAUAACAAUACAAAAUUUUCAAAAAUAAAGUACAAUAAAAAUUCCAUAAAAAAAAACCCAAAAGCACUCAUAAAUUUAAAUUCUAAGAAUUGCAUGAAAUUUAAAUAAUAUUAAUACAUUAAUCCAAAAAAUACGUAAAAAUAUCUGAAAAACUAGCCACAGUUGUAACAGAGUUAGUCUGAGCCCCUACUCUUUUCAACUCUGAUUAGUUUUUGAAUAAUUUGUCUGACUCACCAGAAACCCAAUUAAUCAUUUGUUUUUUUUCGCUUAGUAUAUUAUCGUUCUACUAUUAUUACAUUAUAUAUAUAUAUACAAUAUUUAAUUAAUUACAUGUAGUUAUGUACUAUUAAAAUAAUUAUGCUAUUAUUAUAUUAUACGAAUUGAUAAUUAAUAUUUAAUAUUAAAAAUUGUUGUGAAAAAAAUUAUGAUAAGUCUAUCAUUAGUUAUUUAAUAAUUGUAUUAGUAUAACAACGUUCCACGACUCUAAUUAGAGAAUAAAUGCCAGUUUUAAACGAAUCAAUAAGUUUACUAAACAGUAUAAAGAAAAUUAUCAAUAUUAAAUAAAAAAUUAUUCGUUAAUAACUUCAACGAAGAAUUUUUAAAAUUUGAGAAGUAACAGUUUAUAUUGUAACUAAAAUAAAACGAAACAUUAAAAUAUCUGUUAAUUUAAAGUUUUCAAUAAAAUAAAUUCCUAUAAUGAGGAACUUAACAUUUAAUUCAGUAAAAACAACCUUCAUUUAACUGAACUAUCAAAUGAGAAAUUUAAUGUGUAUUUAUUCAUAGUUUUGAAAUUUUAUUAGAACAAAAUAAUUUAUUGAUAAAUUUAUAACACUAUUUUAAUGUUUACCUUAGAUUAGACACGCUUAGAUGGUACAACUAUUUAAUCACAUUGAGUGUUUGCAAUGAUAUUUUAUGAUCGUUAGAUAUUUAUAGAUCUUAAUAUUUUUAAAUAAUUAAGUCGCCAACUAUAAACUCUUUUAAAUAUUUUUAGCUAAUUUUUAUCAAUAAACAUUUAUUUUGUUUAUUCUGGUUUGUCAGACAACCGUACUAAAUUUGGUUUCUAUGUAAAUAGUCUAUUUUUUAUAUUACACAGUAAAUAUUUGCUACCGUUUUUGGAAUGGAAUAAUUGCAUUAGUAGCGAGAACAAAUAUAUUACAAAUAAUAAUAACUUUAACAUAUAACUAUAUGAAUAUUUUCUAUUACAUGGUUUAACGUUUUACUUUUAGCGUUCAGUUAAUUUAAUAAUAAUUAUUGUAUAUUGUUUUAAAUGGUAAAUUUAUAAAUUGUGAUAAAUUGUUCAUAAAUGUUUUUAAAUUUUUUUUUAUAGGUUGUAGUUAUAAGAUAUUCAUUAAGCAGUGAAAUUAUGUUUAAAUAUAUGAUAAUAUUAAGGAAGAAAUUAAAUUUAAUAUCGUUUUUAACUUGGUAUAUAUGAAAAUAUAUUACAACUAAUAUCACUAAAGCUCAAGAGCGUCCAGAAAAUGAAUUAAGAGAAAAACAUUAAAUUAACAAUCCUUCACAACAUAUGUUUGCAAAUAAUUUAGUACCAAAGUAAACAUUUUUUUUAUCCAGAAAUUCGUAAUAAAUAUUACAGUAUUAACAAAUAUUUUAAUUAAAAAAAAAACAUUUCAAAUUUCUAUGUCAUUACUCUAGUGUACCUUAAUAAGAUUCAAUAUUAUAAAUAAAAAUGUAAAUGAAAUAAAAAAUUAAUAUCGAAAUACCAAAAAAAAAAAAACUACCAUGUAAAAACUAAAUCUAUAGAGAACAUUCAGAAAUAUAAUCCAAAGAGAGUAUACCC